AUGGGAAUACCCAAAUUCUAUCGUUACUUAUUAGAACGAUAUCCUCUCGUUAGUGAAAUUGUAACAUCAAGUGAAUUCCUACCCAGAUGUGAUUAUCUCUACUUGGAUGUGAACGGAAUCAUUCACAAUGCGACUCAUGGAGAGUCGGCUAUCGGAGAGAUUCCCACAACUGAUAUGGUGGCAUCUUAUGUGUUUGGCUAUAUCUCGGACAUUUUCGCGAAUAUUCAACCCAGAAAGCUGAUGUUUAUAGCCGUGGAUGGAGUUGCGCCGCGAGCCAAGCUGAAUCAGCAACGUUCUCGUCGUUAUCGAACUGCCUUGGAUCGGUGUCUCGAAGUCGAGUCUACGGGCCACAAGGGAGAGGUAUUUGAUUCAAAUUGCAUCACUCCCGGAACCGAGUUCAUGCACAAAGUCGACCAGCUCAUAGAGUAUUUCAUUCGAAAGAAGAUAUCAGAGGAUCCUCUCUGGAGAAAUACAAUGGUGCUGUACUCCUCGCACAGUGAUCCUGGAGAAGGAGAGCAUAAAAUCAUGAAUUUUAUUCGCUAUUUGUGCACGAGCCCGGACUACAACGCCGCGGAGCGCCACUGCAUCUACGGACUUGAUGCCGACCUCAUUCUCCUGUCUCUCUCCCUCCACGAUGUAAACGUGAUUCUCCUGCGAAACAUCAUCGACUUCCGAGCCUAUUUCCGGAAGGUCCAGACCACCGUCAAUCGCGCAGAGCCCAUUCACAAAUGGGAGAUCUUCCACAUCUCCGUCCUCCGCGAGUACCUCUUCCGCGACCUGCAGCCGUCGAACGCUUCGUGGAUGAGCGUGAAAGACCGCGAGCGUCUCAUCGACGACUUCGUGUUCAUCAUGAUUUUGCUAGGCAACGAUUUCCUCCCCGAGCUUCCCUCGCUGGACAUCGUCAACGGCUCCAUCCAGGACCUCAUCGCUAUUUACAAAGAAGUCUGCCUGGACCGCCACAAGUUCCUCGUCGACGACGCCAAGCCCUCGCUCUCCCUGCUCCGCCAGUUCUUUCAGAGGCUCAGCGAGACCGAGGAGGUCAUGAUCGCGCUCCUCCACGAACCAGCUCCCCGCCCGUUCGGCUUCGCGCUGGCGAUGAGAAAUAGGACCCCAAUCCGGAGCGAGCCGUGCCUGGCGGCCUGCCCCUCAUCAAAUCGAAGGCGUAUAUCCACAAGAAGCUCGGCGACCGCGCCGCCGACUACCGCCAAUACUACUAUUUCGACAAGCUCAAUCUCCAGCUGCCUCGUCGAUUCCAGAAAGCGGGACUAUUCUCUAGAGAACGAGGUCAUCCUGGACGACGUGUGCCGAAACUACUACGAGGGACUGUACUGGGUGCUGCUCUACUACUACCGCGGGGUUCGCAGCUGGACCUGGUUCUACCGCUACCACUACGCGCCGCUGCCGUCGGACCUCGCGCGCUGCGACAUGAAGUACUCGUCGUUCUCGCUGGGCGCGCCCGUCAAGCCGUUCCUGCAGCAGCUGUCGUGCCUGCCCCCGCAGAGCCAGUCGAUUCUCCCCGCGUCGUACCGCGUGCUGGUGAGCGCGAAGUCGCCCGUGGCGGACUUCUACCCUGCGCGGUUCUCCAUCGACAUGAACAACAAGAAGAACCCCUGGGAGGGCGUGAAUCUGAUCCCGUUCAUCGACAUCGAUCGGCUCACGGCCGCCAUGGAGGCGCUGCAGGUCGACGCGGGGCUCACGCUCGACGAGCAGAAGCGGAACGCCUUCCAGGGCCCGCAGCUCUUCCAGUACUCCGCGAAGUCGUGGGGCUCGUACAGCUUCCCGUUCGAAUCGGCGGUGUUCCGGAGCAUCGCCCAGGUGCACUGCGCGGUGCGGACCACGGCGAUCGGCUCGCCGUCGGACAAGCAGGAGAACGUGCUGCGCCUGCAGCCGCUGGAAGACACGUCGCUGCUGGACCUCGCGACCUACCGGACCGCGGAGCGGGGCGUGGGGAUCCUCUGCGCGGGCCGCGACAGCCGGCAGCCGACGGUGGUGGUGCAGAUCCCGGCGCGGUUGCAGGACCGGCAGAUCAACACGGAGACGCUGACGCAGCUGGUGAAGAACUGCAAGAACCGCGUGGUGUGCUACCCGCUGUGGCGGAAGCACUACGCGCUGAUCGAGGGCAUCUACGUGAGCAACUACUACGUGUCGCUGAAGCAGGAAAACACGUCGUUCAUCGUCCCGCUGUACCCGAACAAGAUCGAAAAGAUCAAGGCCAUGAUGCAGCGCGUCGUCAAGGAGGCGCUCCAGGGCCGGCUCUCCGUUCUGGGGCUCGGCGGCGUCGAUCUGGAGACCGUCAACGUGCUGCUCGAGCUCCACCCCAUCCUGGGCGUCAAGCGACACCGCCUCACCGGGGAGCUGCACUACCGCUUCGCCUCGCAGAACCAGCUCUUCCCUCUGCAGCUCGUGAAGCCCGUCUCCGUGAUCACCAGCCCCGUCUUCAACUUCCCCGACAAAGUCUCCAUCUGGGAGCGCAUCGCCGUGGACCUCCCCGUCGUCUUCCUCGGCAUCGGCAAUCUCGCCAAGCACACCGUCCAAGGCGCCGUCGGCAGGAUCGAGGCCAUCGAGGCCGGCUCCGUCGUCGUCAAGCUCACCUCCUUCCCGCCCUCCGCCUACCGCUUCUUCGACCUCUCCGCCGUCCAGAAGACCACCUGGUGCUCCAUCCAGGCCCUCGCGGAGAUCCUCAAAAUCCCGCGCGGCGCCGCCGAGAAGCUGGUCGCGACGUACACGCUGACGCGCGGCUCGGACCACUUCAACAUCGGCCUGAAGUGGAUCCGGCAGCAGCUGGUCAACCCGAGUAGUUCUCCGUUUCCCUCUUGA